AUGCGUGUACGGGAUGGUGAUCUGAGGAUGACUACAUACAUGUUCUGCUCAGCCAGUGAGCACCACACAGCCCCCGGCAUGAACCACGGCCGCAGCCCUCUAUCGCCAGACCAAGGACAAACCAAGGACGAGGAUGACGAGAGAACUGAAGAACUGUCCCAGCGCAGCUCCCACCGUAUCUGUACAGUCCUCGUACACAUGCAUGCCAUUAAACCACCCCCGGGGCCAUGGUUCGUGAUUGGCCUCGCCAGUCGCAAAUCCCUCUCGCCCGUCAGACAGAUGCCCAACCUAACUUAUGCAUCUGCCUUUUGGGAGCCGACGACCUAUCAUAUUGCGCCCUUGCCAUCAUCAUUUUAUGACAUGGCUAGUGAAUUGUUCAGGCCCCAAAUCGGGCUGAAAGUGAGGGGGUCUCGACAACGACGAAACAAGAACAAGAGACGCCAUGCCAUGCCAUGCCAUGCCAUGCGCAAAUACUCUCAUUCUUCGCAUGCGGUGGGCCAAUAUCUCUCCGUGGCCAAGACAGGGCUGAGAGUGAGCCGCCUGAGGCCCCUGUGA